AUGAGUUUGAAGAAACAAAAAAAUGCAUCUGUCAAAAAAGUUAUGAGGAAUGUUUUGGCGCAGCCGUAUGAGUUUAUUUGGCCAAUUUUAAAAUCUGAGGAUGAAAUAAAUGAACUGAGUGACAUUUUAAAUGAGUUGUUACCGAAAAAAAAAUGUAAGAAGAAAUUAAGUUGGUCUCAGUUGAGGAAAUUGAGCAAAGAAGAGCGUAAGGAAGUCAAUAAACUGUCUGAAGAUGAGCUAGAUGCCAAUGUAAAUAAAAUAAUUCUUGGAGUAAAUGCAGUGACACGUGCUGUAGAGAAAAAAGACAUUUGCUGUAUUCUAGUAGAAGCUAAUGUAGAUCCUAUGUUGAUGAUCAAGCAUAUUAUUUUAAUGGGACAAAAUAAAAAUAUUCCUGUUGUUUUGUUGUCUGGACUGAAAAAAAUGUGCUUGGAAAAAAUAGGAUUUGCUAGUCUAACUAUUGGAUUAAAGAAAUCAGAAGCAGAAUUAAAUUCCCACUUUUAUAAAUUAUAUGAAAAAAUAUCACACUUGUCCCAAUCAUUGCCAGCCCCCAAAAGCCCAAAAGAAUUAUUCCCUUCAGAUAAAUUUGAACCUGAACCAGUUCCAAGCCCAGAACCAGAGCCAGAGACUCCAAAGAUCCAAUCCAAGCUUUUCAACCCUUCCUCUGUCUACAAGUAUCGUUCGUUUACCUCAGAAAGAGUUUUCCAGCCUCCGGAAUUCCGAGCGGAAGAAGAAUUCAUUUCUCUAGCUCACAUUGCAGAGGAUACAAAUGAUCAUGCUCCAAAAAAGCGGUACAUGGAUCUUCCAAGGAAUAAUUCUUCAGAAAAAAAAGAUGAACCGAUGGAACAAGAAGAAGCUAAACCAGAAAAGAUAAAAUUGUCAGUUUAUCAGCCUCUCAAAUAUGAUUAA